AUGAAAAUAAGAAAUAAUUUCAGGUUUAUUGAUGUGGUAAGCAAGUGGCCAGGCUCUCAGCAUGACUUUGCCAUAUUCGAAGCUUGUGGUUUGAAGAGAUAUCUGGAAGAAAACAAUGUUGGACACCUGCUUGGUGACAGCAGGUAUCCAUUGAGGCAACACUUAUUAACACCGGUCAUACAACCAGCUGACCAAAGAGAAAAAGCAUAUAAUGUUGCCCAUGCAAAGGGUAGGGGAGUUAAUGAAUGUGCAUUUGGCGUUCUGAAAGCAAGGUUCAGGUGCUUACACAGAAGUGGAGUGUGCUUACCAUUCAAACCGGGGAAGUGUGCAAAUGUUAUUUUGGCAUGCAUGCGACUCCAUAAUAUGUGUAUUGAUGCGGACAUACAGUUAGAGGAUGUUCCACAGUUAGAAUAAAGACCCUUUGAAGAUGUACCAAACUUCCCAGAGAAUGCUGGAGCCAUCGCUUAUAGGCGGAAUAUUAUUUCUUUGAUGAGAAAUUAAUUUGAUUAAGGAAUAAUAUAUUCAUUUAGUGAUUUGUCACUGAAUAAAUCACUGUAUGGAGGUCAGAUGCGAGGGAAUUAUAUCACGAGGGCGCAGCCCGGGUGAUGUACGGUUAUAAUACGUAUCUGAACGACAAUGAUUUAUUCAAGAGCAGAUUUCUAAAUGAGAUAUAUUAUUUCGAUUCUAACUCGUUAUCAAGGACUUUAAAGUACAUCCUUGACAGCAUUUCUUUAAUAUUUCAUUCGGUUUGUUUUCCAGCGCGUCGUUUUGCUGCUUGACGCUAUGACAUAAUAAUUUUGACGUCAGAACAGUGAACAGUGAAUAGUUGUAUCAUAAUUCACUUUUUUCAGCUUUCUUUGUUUAAUAGGAAAAUGACUUGGAUCGUGUUAGAAUUAAUAGAAAAAUGAAUCGGAUCGUGUUAGAAUAUAUUGUACACCAUUGUAAUUGUAUUUUUUAAGGAAAUAAUGUAGAGCAAAGUCGUAUUUGAACAUACCGCAGGCAAUACAAAGAGUUUGUACGAAUAUGGAAUAAUAUCAUGAUGGGUUGACCAGAGUGAAUUAUACACAUUGCUUAUAACCUUUGCAUAUUGUUGAGGUAUGUUUAAACAUGAUUUUACUGAAAAUUAUUUCAGUUUUAAUAUGGCUAUUAUAUAAACAAUGUUAUGACAUGUUUUCGUGAAAUAAAGCCUACAUAUGAAAAAAUAUAAUGCUCUUCUCCUGGUCCAUCUGCCAAUCAAUGUUUUUGGAAUUAUACAUAGAGAUUAUUCAGGCGUAAAUGCCCAUGCUAGAAUUAUUUACCUUAUAUUAUUCUAAUAUGCUUGUCUCUGUUAAAACACCCUUAAAACACAUAAAAGUUUUUGUUGCGACACGGAAAGAGCGCUUUAAAUUUUAUGAAAUGUUUUAGGUUAAGUGCAUAUUAUAAUGGUAUUAAUUUAUAGCAAAACUGUGUUUUAACACUGUUUAUACAUUCGGGUGGUAGUACGUUGUACAAAUAAUUUCACGAGUGCUGUGCCCUAGUGUAUGAACAGUGUUUAAACAUGAUUUUGCUAUAAAUCAUUUUCUUUAUUAUUGUAGAUAUCAUAAAUAAUACAGAUAUUAUUACGCACGACGCAUGACCGCUCAUCAUGCAUAGAUGAGCCAUGCCAUGAGAAAACCAGUAUAGUGGCUUUGCGACCUGCAUGGAUCCAGACCAGCCUGUGCAUCCGCGCAAUCUGGUCAGGAUCCAUGCCAUUAGCUUUCAAUGCCUACAGCAAUUAGAGAAACCAUUAGCGAACAGCAUGGAUCCAGACCAGACUGUGCAGAUGCACAGGCUGGUCUGGAUCCAUGCUGUCCACAAAUCCACUCUGUUGGUUUUCUCAUGGCAUGGCUCAAAUAUUGUUAAACUUCCUUUUGAUUGUUUGUUUGGUUAAUAGCUCUUUCAAUCUUAAAUAAUUGUAAUAAUGAUUGGUCAUGCAGAGUGGAUGACCCUAUUGAUUUUGGGGUCUCUAGGUUAAAGGUCAAGGUCACAGGAGCCUGAACAAAGAAAACCAUUACCAGUGUGUUACUUGAAAACCACUUAACACAGUAUGUUGAAACUUCAUAGGGUGGCAGGGCUUAUGGAGUAUACGACCCCUUCUAAGGUCAACGUCACAGGGGCCUGAACAAGGAAAACAAUUUCGGAUCAAUAACUUGAGAACCCCUUUGACCUAGAAUGUUGAAACUUUAUAGGAUGAUUUAUUAUGCAGAUUAAAUUACCUUUAUUUGCUUUGGGUUUACUUUGUUGAAGGUCAAGGUCACAGGGGCUUGAACAUGGGAAAUGGUUUCAAGUCAGCAACGUUAAAACCACCUGACCCAGAAUGUUGAAACUUCAAACGAUGAUUGGUCAUGCAGAGGAGAUGAUUCCAUUCGAUAUUAGGGUCAUUCAAUUAAAGGUCAAGGUCUAAACAUGCAAAACCAAUUCCGGUCAGUAACUUGAGAACCCCUUGACCCAGAAUGUUGAAACUUCACAGGAUGAUCGGCCAUGCAGAAUAGAUGACGAUUAAGGGGUCACUUGUCUAAAGGUCAAGGGCAUGAAUAUCUGGAUCCAUGCCGUUAGCUUUCAAUGCCUACAGCAAUUAGAGAAACCAUUAGCGAACAUGAGGUCAUUAAGUCAACGUUCAAGGUCACAUUGGCGAGGAACAAUUAAAUGGUUUCUGGAGGAAGAAUGCUUGGGCUAAGGAUCAUGAUGCUUUGAUGUCAAAGUUUUUGUUGCGACCAAGAAAGAGCACUCUGUAUUUUAUUUAAUGUUUGAAUUUAAUGGCAUAUUAUAAAUAUAAAUAAUUUAUAGCACAAGCGUGCUUCAAAACUAUUUUUACACUCGGAUGGUAAUACGUUGUUUGAAUAAAAGUUUCACUCCGGCUAUGUCAUCGUGUGUAAAUAGUGUUAAAGCACUUUUUUGCUAUAAAUUAAUUCUUAAUUAACUUUCAAAAAACUCUAAACAUAUGUCAUCCUAAACUAUCUUGUGUUUGAGUAAACUGUGAAUUUUUGAAAGGCUGUCUGAUAUUUUCUCCAGCUGCUCCACCUUCUUCUCUUCUAACUGUAACUUCCUCUCUUCAAGGUCUAGGAUCUUUUCAUAUGAUCUGCUUCCUUCUGAUUUAAAGAAAAAAAAACUCAGUUCACAGAGAUAAUUAAGCUAUUAGGAGAAUAGUCCAAUAUAUUCUGCUCACCCUUGGUCAGAGUUGGUGUCACACCUUGAUUAAAGUUUUGAAAGCGAGUGCAUCACAAUAUUAUUUAAAACUAUCAAGAUAUAAAACUUGUAUAUUUAGAUUUAGCUCACUCAAGAGGACACAGUUGUGACCCAAUCUUUAUGAAACUUAUUUUAGGCCGGAUAUUAUUUUGAAUUUCUUUUUUAAACUUUAGUUGCAUCUGUUACUACUUCUAAAAGGAACUUACCACAGACUUCACCUUUGUAAUGUGACAGUACCAAAUGUAUUUCAAAAAGAUAAGGUAGAUCUAGUCGAACUUAAAUUUUGUUCCUUAGAUAACAGACUUUUUUAUUACUUUAAUAUUUGAUUAUUUGCACAUUUGAGCCGCACCAUUUGAAAACCAACAUAGUGCGUUUGCUACCAGUAUGGAUCCAGACCAGCCUGCGCAUCCAUGAUGUUCGCUUGCGGUUUCUUUAAUUGCAUUAGGCUUUGAGAGCAAACAGCAUGGAUCCUGACCAGACUGGAUCCAUGCUGGUCGCAAACGCAUUAUGUAUUUGGUUUUCUCUACCUCAAGGAUAAUAAUUUACAAUGAAGCUAAUGGAGUCUUUUUAGUGCAAUACAAC